UGUACUUGGGAGCUCUCAGCUCACUAGCCCCAGCUACUCCCUCACCCCAUCCCUCACAAGCCAAAAUGUACCAGGGCUGCUACGCCCCGUCGCCGCCGUUCACGGCGCUUUUCUCCUUCACCCUCGUCCUCCUCUCCUUCCUCCUGGCCCUGGGUCCGGUUUCCGGAUGGAGGCCAUGGCCUCAGAACAACAAAAUGAACGUCACCGAUUACGCCUUCAGGGACUCCAAGAAAUACGAGGGCUCAUCGGAGUUCGUUAAACUGAGGUACCACAUGGGACCGGUCCUCACCACCAACAUCACCGUCCACACCAUCUGGUACGGAAGGUGGGAGAAGAACCAGAAGAAGAUAAUCCGCGAGUUCAUCAACUCAAUCUCGGCCGCGGGCGCCCCGCACCCCUCCGUGGCCGGGUGGUGGAGAACGGUCCAGCUCUACACGGACCAAACCGGUGCGAACAUUUCAAAAUCAGUUCGGCUCGGGGAAGAGAAGAACGACCGGUUCUAUUCCCACGGGAAAUCUUUGACCCGUUUAUCAAUACAGUCGGUGAUUAAGAGCGCCAUCACAGCGAGAACUCGGCCAUUGCCGAUCAACCCGAAGAGUGGGCUUUAUCUGUUGCUGACCGCAGAUGACGUGUACGUUCAGGAUUUCUGCACGUCAGUGUGUGGGUUCCACUACUUCACGUUUCCGUCACUGGUUGGGUACACGCUGCCAUAUGCUUGGGUGGGUAACUCCGCUAAGUUCUGCCCCGGGCAGUGUGCUUACCCUUUUGCAGUGCCCGCAUAUAUCCCCAACCGGAAACCCUUUAAGUCACCAAACGGUGACGUUGGGGUGGACGGCAUGAUCAGUGUUAUUGGACACGAGAUGGCUGAGCUGGCCACGAACCCGUUGGCGAAUGCUUGGUAUGCAGGUCAGGACCCGUCUUUCCCGGUAGAGAUUGCGGAUCUGUGUGAGGGUAUUUACGGGACUGGCGGCGGUGGCUCCUACACCGGUCAGGUUUUGGACGCUCGUGAUGGUGCCACGUAUAACAUGAAUGGUAUAAGACGGAGGUUCCUGAUUCAGUGGGUGUGGAGCCAUGUUCUCAAUUACUGUACUGGUCCUAAUGCUCUUGAUCACUGAAUGUAGAAUGGGAUAUUUCUUCUUUUUUUCGUUUUCUUUUUCUUUUUUCCUUUUAUGGUUACCUUUGUUUUGGGCUUUUGGUCUUGUGGGCUUGUGGUACUGUGGGAGUCUGGUAAUUUUGUUAAGGUAGUUAAGUUUGUUCAUUAAUGCAAAUAAUGUAAUUUUAAUGUUAUAUCAUACUAAUAUAAUUAUAAAC